UGGGCGUUGGCACUAUUUUGAAUCUACAUAAUAUGGGUGAUCGAUUUGGGUUACGCCCAGGAUCCACAUCAGAAUUGGUAUAUAAACUGCAGACGGACUGGAGUUGAGCAUAGUUUGAUUACAACUGAUCAAAUAGCACCAACAAAAUGUUCGCUAAAAUCAUCCUCGUUGCCUUCGCUCUCUUCGCUGUAGCUUUCGCUGCACCAGAACCCAAACCUCAAUUUGUGGUUCCAGCUGCUACUGCUUACAGCGCCUACUCUGCACCUUUGGCCUACAACACUUACUCUGCUCCUUUGACCUACUCCGCUUACUCUGCCUACUCUGGUGUUCCAUACUCAGCCUACUCUGGAGUCUACCCAAGUGUUUAUGGAGCUGUACACCACGGAGCUGUUGUUGUCUGAUUAUAUGAUGAAGGUGCUGAUGUGAAAAUUUAGAUUUAAGUUUACACUAUUUUGGCAGUAUGCAAUCGAAAUUAUCUGUUAUAUAAAUAAAUAUAU